UAAUACCCUUCCACUUCCAUCGCUAAUCGAGACCCCUGUCUCCUUUUCCCCCGUCACAUCCUUCCCCCACCCUCUCUCUCUCUCUCUCUCUCUGUCCCUCACUCACUGUUUCUUUCUCCUUCCAUUGCCGUUCUCUCUCUCUCUCUCUCUCUCUCUCUCUUUCUCUCUCUGGGUCAUUUCAUCGAACAUGGCAGGCUGGCACUGAUCAGACCACAGCCCAUUGAUCCUUCCUGUACCCAAAGAGGAGGAGGAAACUCUGAAACUGUCAAACUAUCUGGGGAGUUGGGUCGCAGCGGGAUAUAUAUGGAGGGGGCAGAAGAGGAGCUCGAGAGGAGGAGCAAGUUCCUGAGCGGCCUCAUACAGAGUAAGAAGGCGGCUGAGCAGCACGACCGCCUCAACGUCCGGGUCAGGGCCUCCGACAUGCCCCUCCCCCUUCAGAACCGGGCCUUCCGGUGUGCCCGCGAUCACCUCGACUCCAUGCCCCGCGGCAAGCUCGACAGCAAGCGCCUCGCUCUCGCGCUCAAGAAGCAGGAAUUUGACUGUUCGUAUGGUCCUGCAUGGCACUGCAUUGUCGGGACUAGUUUUGGCUCAUAUGUCACUCACUCUCUCGGGGGUUUCUUGUACUUCUCCAUAGACAAGGUUUACAUCCUCCUAUUCAAGACUGCUGUUGAGCCCUUAGAUCAUCAUUGACUGCAUUGCUGGAUGUUGCUUCAUCUUCUUCUCGGUGACGUGUCGAGAAGGAAUUACAAGGUCUUCUUAAUCAAGUCUCUGUAAAAAAAAGUUUCUGGAUUGUGAAAUAUUGGCGGUUUCACUGUUUCAUUAACUCUGAGAGCAUUUUUUCGUAGUCUCUUUCUGAGGCAGGAAUCAGCAAAGCUGCUUUAUAACGCUUUGGAUCUUGAAUCAACUCGUGACUGCAAUUGGAACUGUGACUUUGUAGAAUGCAUCUUAGAUGUCCAACAUUUGAUGAGUGAGAGGGGGAACGGUGUUUCCGAAGCUCUUCUUCAAGAUUUCAGACAUUACAUCAACAUCAUCGUGCAGUAACAGUUGUAUGCAGUGUGAAUUCUUGAUAUGCCCCCUUGGUCCAAUUCCUGAUCUCGUGUAGGGCCUAGUGCCAGAGCAGACCACCUCAACCCUGUAUCAGCCUAGAUUUGAUUUAUGGUCAAUAUGGCUCGAAAUGGGGUGCCGCUUAGAAUCCACGUAAGGUUGGUACUAUCCUCUGCUGGCUCGGCUCUAGUAACUUGGCUGGUCAUCAGUGGUCGCAGCUCCAGUGAUCACAUGAGUAGUUCCAGCUGAAAUUUGGGGAGUAUUUGGGCCAUCCCCCUGAAAAAGGAUAACGACUACAAGAUGGUUGGAAAUAUGUGUAUAUAUCUACACACAAUACAUACAAUGAUAAAAUUCGUCUCUGCCACGUCUCCUUUUUUGCUGGAGUAAAUAGGCAAUUUCGUACAUGA